UAUUGGCGAGAUACCGGCCCUACGCUCAUUUCAACGGCCGAUACUUCGUAUUAAGUACUGUCAUUGAAAACUAGCAGUCACGCGUGACACCCCUUCUCUGCCCCUUUCAAUCCCUCUUUGACUAUGAUUGGGCUCAAGGGCACGCUCAAUAUCAUCGACAACUCGGGCGCCCUGGUCGCCGAAUGCGUGAACGUGCUCAAGCAAAAGGUCAAUAAUGGCUGGGGCUCCGUCGGGGACGAAAUCGUUGUUGUCGUCCAGCGCGCGCGCCCCGUCACUGCCGCCGCCUCAGCUUCCGUCACCGCCGUGAAGGUGCGCCGUGGGGACGUCCGGCGCGCGGUCAUCGUGCGCACGCGCAAAGCCGUGCGGCGGCCCGACGGGCGCAUGGUGCGCUUCGACGACAAUGCUGCGGUACUACUUAACAACAAGCGCGAGAUGCUGGGCACUCGAAUUGGUGGGGUGGUCAGCGCGGAUCUGCGUAUGAAGGGCUGGGGCAAGAUCGCGAGUCUGGCACCCAAGAUUGGCUUUGCCGAGGGCCUUAUGAUUCCUGCGUCCUAG